AGCAGCAUGCUGUGGAGAAGCAGGAGUGAUUCAUGAAUAAACUGCUCCUUGGCACCCUGUAGGAUACUGAUGAAACAAAUAGAAUUUCCCCAGACAUGGAUAAUACAAGAACAGCAGACACUUUUUCACAGUUAAGCCAGGAAAAAAUCCUCAAAAUCAUGAACAUGGUGAAAAAUAAAGAAGUGAGCAUUGAAGGAGCUCUGCAUUUGGCACAGAAGGAGGUGUAUGCUGGAAAGGAUCCCCAGGAUUUGUUAACUGGCUCCCAAUUUAACUUCAUUAUCUACAAAUACAAACACUACCGGUGGCAGAAGCGGAUUCUGCAGCUUGAUUUCAGCAGCAGGACCAUUUUUAACAUCGAGAAGGGCACUAUCAGGAAGCAGUUCCCUUUCUCACAAGUCAGAGGCUGCGAGGACUCGGAGAGGAGGCGUUUCAGCAUCCUGUUCCACGGCAGGCAGCACUACGAGCUGGAGGCUGUGUCCCUGGAUGACAAAAGGAAGAUAAUCUACCUGCUGAGCAGAGUUAUUCAGAGCAAUUCUUACAAGAGACCAGCAGAGUCCUGCCCUGGGAGAGUUGCAGAAUGUGAUGUGAUCCACGAAGGGCUGCUGGAUCUGCAGCAGAACACCUUAACCUCCACUGAAUGGGUGAAGUGCCUGGCAGAGCUGCGGGAAGGAGAAUUGGCCUUGUACUGCCUGGGGCUGGGGGGCAGGAGCCCUGCAGCCACAAUUCCCCUGGCAGCUGUGAGCGUGGGGGAGAGCAGGGACAGUGGCUGCAGCACCUUCUCCCUGCACACCAGAGACCACCACUACCUUGAGCUGAAGGACAAACUCUUCAUCAUCCACGAGGAGAGUGGUGGGCUCACAGAUGAGCAGAUUACAGCACUGAGAAGAUAUUUGCCCACACCCAAAGAUGCAGAAAGGUACCUGUCCUUCAAGGGGCCUUGCUCAGAGCUGCACGUGGUUGACCAGUUUAUGUUAGAGAUGUGUAAAAUCCCCCAGCUGGGCCAGAGGCUGGAUCUGCUGCUCAGCAUCCGUGAGCUCCCCGAGAGCAUCAGAGACCUGGAGCCUCUGAUCAUCCAGAACAUCCAGGCAAGCAGGCAGCUGCAGUCCAGCCCCAAGUUUGUUGCUGUCUUGGAGUACAUUUUGGCCAUGGGGAACCACCUGAAUGAGAAAGCUGGGAAAGAGGUGGCCAGAGGAUUCCGACUGUCAUCUCUGGCCAAACUCUCUCUGCUGAGGGGCAGGGACAGGACGUUCACCCUUCUCCACGCCCUGGUGGAACAGAUCCUCCUGCACCAGCCCGAGCUGGCCACCUUUCCUCAGGAGCUGACAGAGUUUGAAGCUGUUCCUGAUGCGUCCAUGAAGGGCCUCAGUGCUGAAGUUGAUGUUUUAAAAAAAGAAUUGGAGAACCUUGUCCAGUGCAGGAGGCUCCUCAAACCCAAAGCAAGCAAGGCAACGCCCCAGGAGUCCCAGUUCUGCAAGGAACUAAAGGAUUUAAUUCAGAAAUAUGAAGGAGAUCUCUCCCAGCUGUCAAAAAGAUGUGAGGAAAUGAAGAAGCUUUAUAGCAACGUGCUGGUGAGGUUUGGGGAGGCGGCAGACCUGGACUCCCAGGAGCUCUUUGGGGGGAUCUCUUCCUUCAUCUGCGAGUUCAGGAAGGCUUGUGCUGAAGUCACACCAUGAGAACACACAUUUUAUGGGCAGGUGAGGGAAGGAGGAGCCCAGGAAACAAUUUUUAAUUGUUUUUUUCAUUUAUUGAUAAGCAGCACCUUGCCAAGCUCACCUGUGCAGCAGAACACCUUGAUUUUGAGAGACAUUCCAUUUCAAAUCUGUAAUUUUAUGUGGUAUUUAACCUGUAAUAUCCCAGGUCACUGAUGAUCCUCUCAAUUUUGUGCUUUUUACCUUGAGAUUCCCAUAUAUUGAAAAAACCCCCACUUUUGACCUUUUAUAAUUUCUCUUUUCAGUCAUUUCCUUUGAAUACCCUGACUUCUGACCCAGUUUUAAUUAUUAUUUUCAUUAUUCUGUAUGGUGAUCUAAUUUCUAGAAAAUACUUCACACAUUUGUAUAAUGAAAUGG